UUUAAAAGCUAUAUAUGUGUGUUUAUAUAUCAUCCCGAUGAAUAAUACAUUUGAUGCACGAUUACAUCUCAUAAAUAAGGUCGCUCGGCUUUAAAUAGGCGCCAGUCUUUGGUCGAGUUCUGAUUGGUUGACAGUAGUUUCCGGUUGCAGCGCUCCUGAUUUAAAAAAGGCUUCGGUUAGAUAUUUUGGGGUCUCGUUCGCAAUUGUUCAAACACGGCGUCCGCAAUGUUUCUCAUAGUGAUACUUUUUGAUUAACACGCUUUUAGAACAAGGAUUCCACAUAUCAAAUCGUUCAGACAUGGCGCAGCGUGUGGCAGUAUCAGAUGGAGCAAACAAGAAGGUUUCCAGGGUUCGGGUUGUGGUUCGUCUUCGACCCUACAUGGGCACACAAGAUGAGAAAGACGAGGGAUCGUGUGUGAGAGGCCUGGACUCAAAGAACCUGGAAAUAAUCAACUGGAGAAAUGCUACAGAAACAGUCAAAUACAGUUUUGACGUUUUUCAUGGUGAGCAAACGACACAGCAAGAAGUUUUCCUCUCAGUGAAACCCAUUCUACCACACAUACUGACCGGACAAAAUGCCAGUGUCUUCGCCUAUGGACCAACAGGAGCUGGCAAGACUCACACUAUGAUGGGCACUUUGAAUCAGCCGGGCGUAAUCCCUCGAGCCGUUCGUGAGGUCUUUAAAAUGGUGAACGCCAAGAAUGAGGAUGAAGGCUGGGUCUACAGCAUUAGCAUGUCUUAUUUGGAAAUUUACAAUGAGAAGGUGCUAGAUCUUCUAUCGCCAGGCUCCCAGGAUUUACCCAUCAGAGAGGACAAGGACAAAAACAUCCUUAUCCCUGGCCUCACUCACACAACCAUCACCUCCUUCUCAGACUUUCACAAACACUUUGUACCUGCCAGCCUUAAUCGCACAACAGCUUCUACCAAAAUAAACCAGCGCUCCAGCCGCAGCCAUGCUGUCCUCCUCCUCAAGGUUGUGCGAACUCAGCAUGCGCCACCUCACAGACAACAGGCAGGGAAGCUGUACCUGAUAGACUUGGCUGGGUCUGAGGACAACCGGCGCACCGGCAACCAGGGAAUCCGCCUGAAGGAGAGCGGGGCCAUCAACCUCUCCCUCUUCACGCUCAGCAAGGUGGUGGACUCUCUUAACUCCAGCACCGUCGUCCGUGUGCCAUACAGAGACAGUAAACUGACCCGGCUGCUGCAGGACUCUCUGGGCGGCUCUGCGCACUCUGUCAUGAUCACCAACAUUGCACCGGAGUACAAGUUCUACUUUGAUACUUUUGGUGCACUCAAUUUCGCCUCCAAAUCUAAACUCAUUGUCAAUAAGCCCUUCAUCUGUGAAACUGUGGCUGUGCCUGCGCUGCCAGUGAAGCGGGCCAGAGACGGACAGGAGGCGGGGAGGUCUGCCACCGAGCCACAGAAGAAGAGGCAGAGGGACGAGAAGAAAACCAAACAGGAUGGUUCCCCGAUUUUAGCCCAUUUACACAGUCCGUCAGAACCGUCAGUGAUGGACAGACUGUUGGCUCUGGAGAAGCGGGUGAUGAACGGCGGAGACAAAGAUAAACCCGACGAUUCUCGCGAGGAGAUCCAGGAGCUCAAAGAGAAGCAGAGGGAGUUGGAGAGCAAGGCCAGGCUGUACAAUCAGGUGCUUGAUGAAAGAUCCGCAGUCAAACAGGAGUCUGCCUUCAAGAACAGCUUGGCUCCUCUGCAGAGCAAACAGUCGACUGCCUCUCGCGGCAUCAAGCAGCAGGCCGUGGUCCAGCCCCUACAAGUUUCCUCCCUAUCAGUGAUCCUGCCACUUCAGACGCAUGCAGUCGUCAAAAAACAGUCCGUCUGUGCCAAGAAGAAAGAGAAGAAGCUCUUCCACCAGGUUGAGCCUCCAGAGGGUAAGGAGAACUUCAUAGAGACAGGCUGGGAGUCCCAAAUCAACACAUCUGUGCUGGAUAUCUCCAAACAUAAAAUCCUGCAGAUUCUGAACAGCGGCUCGCUCAAAGAGCUGAAGGGUCUGCAACUGAUCGGAGACAAGAAGGCCAAGCUCAUCCUGGGCUGGAGGGAGAUCCAUGGUCAAUUCAAAAAGUGGCCUUUAUUUGUCAUGAACAAUCAACGAAACAAUGACACCAGCCAGGCUCACCUUCAUCUUUUGGGAACAGAAACAUCGCUUCGACACCAGCCAGGCUCACCUUCAUCUUUUGGGAACAGAAACAUCGCUUCGGCAGACUUGACAUUAAUACAGCCAGUGGCAAUGCAUCGCUUCCCGUGUGUUUUUCCUCCCUUUUUCUUCACUGUCAGGUUUUCUCGAUUGGCAAUCACUUCCAGUCGACUCCGACACACUUUCCAGUAAAAUACUCGCUCAAAAACAUUGAUAAAUUCGGCUUUGAAACAGAGAAACAAUAAACUGUGAUGAAUGUAAACACUUCGGCGGCAACCAUCUCGUGACGUCACGCAGUAGAUCGCAAGCCACGCCCACGAAGGCGGAGGUCAACUGCGGAUUUCCCUGCGGCAAAUUCAAAACUCGUCAAAUUCGUUGCUAUUCCAACAUCUUUUGAUAUGGGUUCCAAUGGACAAUUUUGGUCAUUACUAUACGUAUUGGCAUAACAGAUCAUCACACUUCACGGGUUCUUUAAAGUGGACCUAUCAUGCUAUAUUUGAACAAUAUAUUGUAGGGCCAUAAAACAUGUCUGCGAAGUUUUUUUUUCAAAA